AGGACAGAAGGUGUCAGAAACGUAGGACCACUGCAGCAUUCAUGGAUCAGACACUGAUUACUAUUCCUUGUCUUGCACUGCAAAAGGGUGGUGGGCUCCAGAGGCCGACAUAAAGAUGAGAUCUGAGUUCAGAAACCAAACAGGAGGGAUUGCUGUCAGUUUGGCCCUGCAAUCCAGCACCUCGGCUUCUGCAGCCCUGCUGGCACAGUCAGGCUGUCACCCUCUGCUUGAACACUGCGCAUGACUGCUCAUCUGCCUCAGUGGCGUCUUAUCCCCCCGCCCGGCCCCAGAGGCUCUUAUUCUUGGUGAAAUCGUGCUCACACUACAGAGGCAGAGACUCAAAUCAACAUGAGCUUUUCCGUUGAGGAGAGGGGCAGGCCGAACACCAAGGAGUACAGGGUGUUUUUCAAAAACUCAGAGGGAAAAUACAUCUCACCUUUUCAUGACAUACCCAUCUAUGCAAAUGAAUCAGAGAAUAUUUUCCACGCUGUUGUGGAAGUUCCGAGAUGGACAAAUGCAAAGAUGGAGAUUGGCACCAAAGACCCUCUCAAUCCACUGAAACAAGAUGUGAAGAAGGAAAACCUUCGUUAUGUGGCCAAUGUGUUUCCCCAUAAAGGUUAUAUUUGGAAUUAUGGAGCGAUUCCACAGACGUGGGAGGACCCCCACCACCAGGACAGUGAUACAGGAUGUGUUGGAGACAAUGAUCCCAUUGAUAUUUGUGACAUAGGAAACAAGGUGUGCUCUCGAGGAGAAAUCAUCAAGGUGAAAGUGUUGGGGACUCUGGCUCUCAUUGAUGAGGGGGAAACAGACUGGAAGGUCAUUGUGAUCAAUACUGAGGACCCUGAAGCCGGAGAGUUUCACAAUAUUGAUGAUGUGAGGCGACUGAAGCCGGGGUAUCUGGAGGCAACUGUUGAUUGGUUCAGAAGAUACAAAGUUCCAGAUGGAAAACCUGAAAACCAGUUUGCUUUUAAUGGGGAGUUCAAAGACAGGGAUUUUGCCAUAAAUACAGUGAAGAGUACACAUGAGUUUUGGAAAGCACUGAUUUCUAAGCAAACCAGCGCUGGCGAGUUAAACUGCAUGAACACUGGAGUCUCAAACAGCCCAUUUCGCUGCUCUUCUGAGGAAGCAGAGUCUGUAGUUAAAUCUACAUGUGAUUCUGGACCUGAAGAUCCUGUUCCAAGUUCAGUUGACAAAUGGUUUUACUAUGAAUAGUAAGGUUCCAAACACUCACUCAUGAUGAAACAUGAAGAUCACGGGAUAGCAGUCGUCUGCAUUAUGGCUUCUUAUUGGACUUGUUAACAAGCAUAGCAAAUACAGCAUUAAAAACGAAUGACACACGUC